AUGGAAGCCAUCAAGAACAACUCUAUUGUCUCAAGUGUCGAGAUCGACAUCGACACCACCCGCAGAACUGCUGUCAACGCCGCAAUUGACAUCUUCACAAUUGACCAAGGGCACGUCACCCUCCCCAACGACCUCUGCCCUCUCGACGCCCUCUCCAGCAUUCUCCGCAACAUCUCCUCAGUCUUCGAGCUCAACGUCAGCGCCGAUCUCGACCUAACAUGCCGCAACAUCCUGCACCGCAUCCUCCAGUCCAUCUUCGACACCAACACCCAAUCCGCCCUUGAAGAAGACUCCGAGAUCUUUGCCCACCUAAGCUCCAAGCAAAAAGCCCGUAUUCUCGCACAGGCCAUCGCUGCCUUCACUGUAAUUUUCCAGCGCUUGGCUCAGACUGGCGAGAAGGUCACUUAUGGCGUUCUUAACCGUGAGGUGCAGCUCUUCACGGAGAGUGAUCAGCGCGCAUUGAUGCAGAGUCUCAUUGAGGGCGAUGCUGUGUUUGAGAACUGUACUCGGAAGAGCGACGUUGCUGAAGCUAUCCUCUCUGCUAUUGAUGCAGACGAAGACGCUGUGACACCUCAGCCCGUUGCUGCAGAUGACAAGCAAGACUUUAUGUUCUCCCCCAGCGCAGCUCAAGACCACAAGAACAUGGGCGUUCCGUGGGGCUUCAGCAUCAUGGCGAUCAACUAA